ACACUAUCGCAUCGCUUCCCCUUUUCUAAUCAGCUCAUUACCAACAACAACAUGGGUCUCAUUGACAUUGCUCCCGCUGGCGUCGUUGCCGGCAAGGACGUUUACAAGGUCUUCGACUACGCUCGCCAGAAUGGCUUUGCAAUCCCCGCCUUCAACGUGACCUCAUCCUCGGUCGCCAACGCCGCCCUCGAGGCCGCUCGUGACGCCAAGAGCCCCGUCAUCCUCCAGGUCUCUCAGGGUGGUGCCGCCUACUUCGCCGGCAAGGGUGUCGCCAACGACAAGCAGCAGGCCUCCAUCGCCGGUGCCGUCGCUGCUGCCCACCACAUCCGCAACAUCGCUCCCCUCUACGGCGUGCCCGUCAUCCUCCACUCUGACCACUGCGCCAAGAAGCUCCUCCCCUGGUUCGACGGAAUGCUCGACGCUGACGAGGCUCACUACCAGAAGACUGGUGAGCCCCUCUUCUCGUCGCACAUGCUCGACCUGUCUGAGGAGCCCAAGGAGGAGAACAUCGAGACCUGCAAGAAGUACCUCGCCCGCAUGGCCAAGAUCGGCAUCUGGCUCGAGAUGGAGAUCGGCAUCACCGGCGGUGAGGAGGACGGCGUCAACAACGAGCACGUCGACAACGCCUCGCUCUACACUCAGCCCGAGGACAUCUGGGACAUCUACCGCGAGUUCAGCGAGAUCACCCCCAACUUCUCCAUCGCUGCUGGCUUCGGUAACGUCCACGGCGUGUACAAGCCGGGCAACGUGCAAUUGCGCCCAGAACUGCUCCGCAAGCACCAGGACUUCGUCAAGGAGCAGAUUAAGUCAAAGGAGGACAAGCCCGUCUUCUUUGUCUUCCACGGCGGUUCCGGUUCGGAGAAGAAGGACAUCACCAACGCCGUCUCGUACGGUGUCGUCAAGAUGAACGUCGACACCGACACCCAGUACGCCUACCUCGAGGGCAUCCGUGACUUUGUCCUCAACAAGAAGGACUACCUCAUGAGCCAGGUCGGUAACCCGGAGAAGGGCCCCGACGCCCCCAACAAGAAGUUCUACGACCCGCGUGUUUGGGUUCGUGAGGGUGAGAAGACCAUGGCUAAGCGCUGCACCAUCGCUUACCAGGACCUGGGGUCUGCUGGUAAGCUCUAAGCUGGCAAGACGAAGCUGUAGUGGACAGACGAACAAUGGCUACGAGAGGGGCAGAAGAGAAGAGAUAAGCAGAGGGAGAGGGAGAGCGCCACAGGCGUAAUGGGUGUCAUCGCUGUCUUGCCCAUGGCUGCUUCGUUUUCCUUGGCGUGCCACCUUCCGUUGAGAGCUCUUCUCGAUCUGUAUCCUAAAUAAAAUAGGGAUGCAAAAGAAGCAGUUAGCAGUAGUGAGAUCAGCGCCGCAUCCAGU